AUGUUCUGUCUCCGAAGCUGGUUACCCCUUCUCUUCAUUCCGACCAACGCAUCCCCUCUCUUCAUCAUCUCCUUCGUUGCCCUCACCUACAUUAUCCACCGACCCUGCAUCUACUGCUCCGCCCUUCUUCUCAUUCUCUUCGUUUCUUCAUGCCACUGGUCAGAUCAUUGCAUCUUCGAUCUCCGCAGCAACUGGUUUGCCCCGCGCUAUAGCUCAACGCCAAGCGACAAUGUAUCGCAUGCCGGCAACGCCACCCUUCCGACACCGAUCCCCGGCGACAGCCUAGUAGGCUUCGUUUUCGAGACCGUUAACUCAACCGCUAAGGUGCUGGCUGGAGCAGCCCUGGAGAGCGCUCAACAACGGCUUGGCGUGGAAUCAAGCCCGGAGGAGUGGACGGGCGUGGGGCUGGAAUGGCUACGAAGCCUGCUUGGACGCCGCGAGUGGACUCUCCCUUGCGUGGAUGUCAAGGUGCGGUUAUAA